AUGAAUCAGGAGCAAAGUACGAGGGAGUCAUUUGGGGGUAGCUCUCGGGAUGAAGAGCGAGGCAACAGAAGCCAACGACGAACGGCCAGUUCCAGUGGAUUUCUUGUCGAUUCGUUCCUACCACGGUCAAGAAGCCUUCGAACAAGCGCUCAUCAUUCUCGUCGUUCAGAAACGGAUCAUCGGGGAAAGCUAGGAACGCCAGAAACCGAGAGUGCCCCGAAGAAACGAUCGCGAUUCCGAUGGAGUCGCCAACGAGAGUCUACAAAGGAGUCGGAUGCUGUCAGUCAGGAUACCAUAAACAAUACGGAGGCUAGAAGUCCUACUCAUUUACCUGAAGCUCCUGCGAUUUCGCAAUCGCAAGGUGACAGUGCAGUCCACCAUACUGGGAGUCGUGCGGAGAGCCGUGAUGACCCGGCCGCCUUAGGCCUUGAUAAAGACUCUUUGCAGAUCGUCAACCUCGCUCUCAACCUAAGCGAAUCGAGAAGAAAGGGUAAUAUUGGAUAUAAUACGUCAAGUCAAGUUUCUGGGGGGUCAUGGGCACCGCCGGGGGACGGUCGUGCCUCCGCAGCAGGGAGCAUUCCGAGUCAUGGCUCAUAUCCAGGACUUAGCACCAAUCAGUCCUUGGUAGAUGACCGCGUGAAGUUUGCUAGGUCUCCGAUAUCUAUGAUUACGAAUGAUGUGUUGAAUACGCUUCCCAAAUCCGCGAUAGUCGAACCCACGCCGCAGGGGGUUUCAGGAGGAACCUUGACGCGAGCUGCGAAUGCUCGUCGAUAUUUUGAGUUACGCCAUGAAUACCUACGCCUUCUUCCGUCUCUUCCGCCUCUCAAACCGCACGGUAGUAACACCACGACCGAUAUAGAACAAGAGCCAUCCCAUUCGCAUCGUGUUUACAACCCGCUUCAGGCAAUCCGCAAUCGCAAAGUCAGGUUCCGUGAACGCUGCCCCAUCGACCCUGAAGCAGAGGGAUGGGAUGAUGUGGACAAAGUUCAUAGUUGGGUGAAUUCGAUAGAGGCUGGGUACAGUCGCCAGGCGCGAAAUCCCCUUGAAUGCCUUAAGCUCCCGCCCUUUAAAGGAAAAAGUCAAGAAGGGCCUUUGGGUCAUAGCAUUGAUGAUGUCGAUGCUUCUGCUGUGUCCCCACCUUCCAGCUUACGCCGUAUCAGCCGUACAGGCAGUCUCAAAUCCCGCAGGCCCAGGUCUGACUGGCUGAUAUUCCCUGACGAACUACUUGCCGACGCCGCCUGGGUCGAAAAAGCGGAGAACAAAAGCAAGCUAACGGAUAGAGAUGGAAACAUACUCUAUCCUAACUCGUCUUCUUUUGUCUUUAAUGACGCCCAUGAAGAGCAAGUGCCGAAAAGUUCUGCUAGUACUGGGCGGCCCUCGUCCCAUGCCUCUCAUUCCGAUGCGCGCCAAAGCUUGUCUUUUGACCUCAAGGAACUCGGCCGCGGAAGACAAGCGCAUAGGUUUAGAACCCCUCGGCGGAGCAGCAGUGCCUCUGAAGAGGAUCUAGGCUCCAAAAGGCGCAAAUUCAGAAUCCGGUCACGUAGCUCCUCAAGCUCUAGCGCAGACGAGGCACCACAUCGUGGUUCUCUAUUGAGCAGUAUGAAAUCGCCCAGAAGAUCGGUGUCGCCUCUGAGACGGAAAGGAUUGAUCUGGAAUGAGAAGAGGGGAUCCGUGUCGUCCGUUCCGAGCGCAGACGAUCCUCUAUCUUCGGCAAGGGUGGCAGGCCACGGCACUAACGCAGGCAUGGAUAUUUGCUUUUUCCCUAGCAUCGCCUCCAACCUAUCUCCCCCAUCAAGUCGUUCUUCGUCGCCUGCUAAGCGGGGCUUCACGCGCGCGGUUGGACAUCGGAGGGCUCACAGCCGCAGUAGCCAUCAUAGAAAAGGCGUCGAGGAUGAUAGCUCUGUUGACUUUGAAGCCAUUCGCAAAGACAGCGUACCCUUUACAGAUGCUUCUCAACUUGAUGAUGAGCCACCCCUUCCUGUCAAAGCUUCGACGUAUCAUGCGGACACUCGAAGGUCGACCCCUCAUGAACGAAAGGACUCCGUUCCGCAUGAGUCGAAAUUGCGCGGGAUUUUCAAAGGGCCUGGAAAGAUUGCGGGUAAAGUCGGCAACGAGGUCUCAAAAAUGGGAGACUUCAUCUUGAAAAAGGAUAAUGGAGGGCAUUCACGCCAGUCAUCGUUGGCAAUAUCUGACAGCAGUGAGUCUGAAGAUGAGGAAGCGAAGAGUGAGAAAUUGGCACUUCCUAGGGCUAUUUUACGCCGGUUGCCUAACUUUUCUGAUGACCUUGGUCGGUCAACUCCAAGAAACUCGGAUAAGUCUCUCGCGAAGAAUCAGUCGCAGACGCCACCCACUAUUGUUGAGCCUCGACAGCAGCGCGAGGAGAAUGAGCUCGGAGUAGUUGCGACCCCUCACGGUCGGCUUUUAGACCUGCAGGGUGAUGCAAGCAAUUCCACCAGCGAUCAUCAAAGCAAGUUGUCUGGCCAUUUCAUGAAACGCGGACCUCGAACUUUACAAUUUGGACCCGAAAUCCACACCGUGCGGGAUGAGAUCCGGAAAGGUCGAAUCAAGGAUGACUCGGUCCCGUUUAGCAUAGCUCGCCCUCCCGUGACCGGCCUCGCUGGGGCUGAACCAACUCGAAUACCGUCCUCGCACAGCGUACGCCCGACGUUGUCAGGUCAGUCAAAAAGCUGGAGCAUAUCUGACCGCAGUGUCUCGAUGUCGAUCGAGUCUGGUGUUCCGAGUAAGCAAGAGAUUGAACGUACCAGGGCUCUUCUCCUUUCGUCAGGGAUAAAAGCUCGCGAGAUUGUUCGCCGCGCCGGAGAUGUACGCAGACCGCCGCCCGAGUUUCUUCAACGCUCAUUCGGCCCGGACUCAUCAAUACCAUCCGUUCCUCGGCUAUACGAGCAUGAUGUGGCAAGUCGGAGGCUUCUCAAGCGAAUCGAAGCGUCCCACAAGUCCUUUGAGAAUUCGAUGGAACGAGUACCAAAAGCUGCAUUCUUGCCACUGAAGUCACAACUUUCCACCCUUGAGGACCUGGUCGACAAGUCACUCAACACUCGCGUUCGUGCUGCGGCGGAAGAAGCCGAGAACCUCAGUAUGCAACUGAACACUACCAGCACGCUCGCCGUCAAACAGUUGAGCGACACACUCGACCAUGGUCUCCGAAAGCGGCACCGUCGGCUGCGUUGGCUACGGCGUACGGGAUUCGUGAUGCUUGAGUGGGCAUUGAUCGGGCUGUUGUGGUGGGUGUGGUUAAUCGUCGUGGCCUUUAAGCUCCUCCGCAAGCUUCUCCAUGGGAUGGCCUCUGGCGUGCGGUGGAUACUGUGGCUAUGA